AUCAAUACGGUAUUCCUUAAGGAUAUUUCCAGAAGUACUUGUAUUUACGAUACUCGAUAGGCACGCGCGACUGCACGAACAAGAUUUCCACCAAAAAACAAAAAGUGACCCAGAAGACCUAAUUAUUGUUCCUCUUCUCUCUUUUUUUCACACCAAUCCUCUGCUAUGCUCCAUUUCAAAAACUCUUUUUCUUUUAAAGGGGCAACUUCACUGCUUAGUUGCAGCGUCCAAUAAUCAGGUUUUAAUUAGUUGGUCUUAAUGUUCUGUGGAAUUUUCUUGAUCAGGGCUGUCAUGCUUCGGUCCCUUUGGAUGACAGCAAUGGUUAUAAAAAUCAUUCCAUACCCAAUCAUACCUUGAAAAGGCUUGGCCAGGGGGGUACUUUCAUGUGCUGAUAUUGUUUCUAUUGCCACCAGAGAUGGGAUUAUGCUUGCUGGUGGCCCUUUCUAUCUCUUUAACAGGACGGAGGGAGAGCAUUCAUUCAUAUUUCAAAGCACUGGCCGACAUUCCACAACCAGAUGAGAAAAAUGCCAAGUCAGCUUAUGGAUUUGAGAUUGUUCAAAUGGUUCUUGUGGACACUGAACAUGAUGAACAUGUGAAGAGGACUAUGAGUGAGAUAAAUGCGAUUGCAAGAAUGAAGGUGGUGGCUAACGAGAAGGCUGAAGCAGAAAAAAUUCUGCAAAUA